CAUAUUGCGCAAACCACCGCCAAUUUUUACCAGGCAGAUGGUGUCGUUCUUUUUGGUGGAGAAAAUUUAAUAUUUUUUAAAGAACAUACUAAUAUUUUAUAUAAAAUUUAUUAUGCAAUUAAUAUAUCAAAUGUUGUACGCAAAAUUUCGAAUUGUUAAAGAUUAAAGAGCGUGCGACUAUUCUGUGCCAAAUGCACAUUAAAGCCUACAAAUCCGCGCGCGUUUUGGCUUGACUGAUUGUUUUAUUUCAUUGUUUCUUUUUAAGUGAUACAUAUCAGAAGGCCAAAUGGCAGCUAACGGAUCUGGCGUAGUGCAUAAAAUUAACAACAGCUAUGAGUCGGAACCAUCAACUGGCAGCGGGUCUUCACUAAGCGAAAAUAAUGAGGGCCAAAUAUCUGACGAAGAGAAUAUAUUGAAUCUGCCAUAUCUGCUUAAACCUAAGGCAAUCGCAUCCAAAUCUCAGAUAGUUUUGCAUGAUACCAAUAAAACAAUCCUACAAGGCAGCCAAGAGUCGGAUUUUAAAGGUUUUGGAGAUAGUCCAUACGGAAAAGUCAAUAAGCAGCUCUAUGGUUCCCAGUUGCAGAAUUUAAAGUUACCCGAGCCAGAACAGCCCACAGGGUCCCGGAAAUCACCGGGUAAGACUGUUUUUCCAAGGUUUUACGAUAUAGUCUUGGAGGAAAACAGUUCUAAUGCAGUGGAUUUGCCGCUGCGCAAUGAACAGCUCGCCAUGGACAAUAACACGGUGAAUUCAGUUCCAAUACUCAGCAACCUGUCGUUUAAUGGCAAAAUUAAAAGUCUGACCGAGGAGCGCAAUUCAAAAGAUGUUGAUUUAACAACUAACUCGGCAAACUGCGACAUUCAGCAGAAUGUUCGUCCUUCUGCGCCACUAGAUAAUUCAAUGAAUACCUCAAAUCAGCUGACGGACUCGUUUAUGCUGAAGAAAUACAAUAAUGAACGGUCACCCGAUCUGUUUGCCGACAGCGAUGGUAAUGAAGGUGACGAGGACCAAUCCGAUAAAGUCAUGUGCAUAGCUCUUGAGGAUGUGCCUGAAGUACUGGGGGAAAGUCGCUAUGUCGAUGAGACGCUCGAGCAAAAUAUUCCUACACGAUACUCUCUUACCGGUCCUACGGAAUCAAGUUUUGUUGACGAGAACACGCUCGACACAUCAACUACUCAGAUAUCGGGCAACGAUUCGCGAUCCCAUUUUCUUGAGAAUUGCCGGCGUGAGCGUGAACUCUAUCGGCGCAUUAGCAGAUGUCUACAAGGCGUGCGUCCUCCACCAUCGGUAACCUCGCCCGACAUCGAUGUCCUUCAGACAGUUGUAAAAAUGAAGGAAAAUGUACUGAACUUUUUAAAAACAGCGACAGUACCGCCUGUCGAGGACAGCGGCAUUUGUGCUACACCAUGCCUAUUUAAGCCCACUCACAGCUUAGACGAAGCACAAAACAUGGCUUGGCGUGAAGUGCUGGGUGUCCGCCAACAUGGGCUCAGUUACAACUUGAACAAAGCUGCCGAACAAAAUGAGUAUCUCAGUCUGUCUGUUGUGGAUCGCUAUAUAGGCGCUGAAACUGCCACUUCCUAUGUACGCUCACCAUCCAGCGCCAAAAAGCGCAACAUGCGCAUGAAAAUGCUAACACAAUCACCGGGCAAUCGUCUGAGUCAUUUAGCGAAAAGGCGCGCCAUAUUCUCAUCUGCAAAUCUAGCAACCAACUCUUUGAAGUUAAACAGCUCUAUAGGUCCACAGAUAUUGCUUGACAAAAAAAAAGUCCGAAAUAAACGCAAAGCUACGCCAAAACGCAAAACUCCGGGUAGCAAAAAGAAAACAGCGCGCAAAACGCCGUCCAGUUCAGCACGAAAACGUCUUUAUCGCAAUGAUCUCAUCAAACCAGGCCCCUCACGUGAAACAUCUAAGCGAGCACUAUUUCAAAGUCCCGCAAAGACGCAGCAGCUCAAUAAAUUGUUGCCACCAAAGCCGCUUAUCAAGCCUGAAAUCGCGAAUCGCGUGGAGAAAUCCAAACGGGCCCUUUUCUCACCUGACAAUCAAACCAUCGCUAGUAACAACCAAUUAGAACAGUUGCUUAAGCGCAAACGCAACGAUGAGGAAGAUGCCGAUGAUUUGUCAAGCCAAAGCAGCAAACUUUUCCGUGCCAACAGCAGCAGCGGCCUAACGCCACGCGCCCUUAAGAUAAAGAGUCAAAGUUUUUGUAUUGGAGCUGGUUCCUCCACGACAUCGCAACAGAAGGCUGUUCUUCACGCUCAGCAGGCGGUGGCAACAGCGACGCACACACGCUUGAGCCUAGGACUUAGUGGCAGUAGCAGCAAUUUGACCAGCACAGCCAGCGGAACACCCUCAGGCAUUAAGCUGCAUCGUGCGCAAUCUGAGAUGAGUGCCUCGACGCACAGCACUAUGACUGAGAAUCAGCGCAAGAAAUUGCUUUGGGCCGUGUCGCAAGCUCUGCAGGAGAAAAAGAUAUCGGCCAAACAUGAGCAUUUCCGCCAACAUGCCGCUGACUUGGCACGCAUAGUAAAGCGCAUCUUUCAGGAAUUUUAUUUGGGCCAAACCUCUAGCAACAGCGAAACCUUACUACGAUUGGCCAAGAAGUAUGCGUAUAAUGUGAUAAGCGGCAAGAACAGCGAUGAAAUUUAUGUGUAUGCGCGCAGUCAAGAAAGUGAUGCCAAGCGCCAGUCAAGCUCACGUCUUUCCGGUUACAUUGGACCAGAGGAGUUUGAACAGCGGAAGCUGCUGUUUUCACACUCUACCAACUCAUUGGCGCGCAGUAAACUUACCGGCUCAGCUCACAACAUUUUUGGCAGUGAGAACUCAAUCGAUUCCUUCAGUCUUAGCCAGAUGAGCCAAGUCACUUCUGGCUACGGCGACACACAAACCCAAUCGAGUUUAGUGGAACGCAUUUCUGAAGAAUUGUUUAAUGGUGGUAAAACCAAAAAGCUAUCCAUACAACCAAAUGCAUCGCUACAAAACAGCUCCUCGAAAAGCAAUUUGGGUGGAUUGGCGUUGCGGGAGAACAUGGAUUGUGAGCAACGGCGUUCGGCGCAGAAGAACUUUACUGGCAAGGAUCAACGUAAUAUAAGUCCUUACUAUAGCGGAAGCAACAACAACAGCAACAGCAAUGGUCUAAGUGGGAACAACUCAGCUCGCAAAAUUCAGGCAAAAACAACAGACUCUGGGGCCAAAGCCAAGCGCCAGAUUUCCUUUGAUAGCUAAAUUUUGUACACCUUUCAAUCAUAGUUCCAUUUAUAUGUCACUUUAUACCAACGUAUUGUAUUUAUUCUAUAGAUCUUUUUUUGCUAAA